AUGAAAGCUACACUUCAAACGUUACUACCAACAGGAUUACUAAAAUCAACAAAUACUGAUGAUAAAAAGAUUGACUAUCCAUAUUCUUCAGAAAUUAUGCGUUUAAAAAGUGUACUAUAUGAAGCCAGUAAUUGUGGAUGGACUAAUAAGUAUUUGAUAUUACUUCGUGGUCUUCCAGGCAGUGGGAAAUCAACUCUAGCCAGAUUUUUAGUUGAAAAGCUUACUGGAAAUGUUGUCAUUGCUUCCGAGGAUGAUUACUUCAUCGAUGCAAUUGAUCAUGUGUAUAAACGUGACAACAGAAAGUUGAAUGACGCUAUCGCGGCUUGUAAACAAAAAGUUUGGUCAUCUAUGCACUCUGGUGUUCUGGUAAUUAUUGUCGACAAUUGUAAUUUAACACAGUUGGAAAUGGAUCCAUAUAUUCGUGAAGGUGUAAGAAAUGGCUAUUCAAUACACCUAGUAGAAACUAACACUCCAUGGCGUUAUAAUUCAAAAAAGUUAAUAAAGCUAACACAUAAUGGGUAUAAUUUACAAGAAAUUGAUUCUAUGCUUGAAAAAUUUGAUCGAACAUUGAAUAUCGAAGAGAUAGUGUCAUCAGUGAAAAGUCUUUACCCUUCACUUCGUCGUCCACUACCAUCACCAUCAAUGAUGAAUAAGAUGAAUAGUCAGGCUGAAGUCAUUCCAACAGCUCCACCUAUCAUGUGUAGCAGUAGUUCUGCUGUUGCCAAUAACAACACAUCUAUAUUUACAUCUACAAGUUUAAUAACCAAUAUGAACUUGUAUCAACCUGUUGAUAAUUAUUGCCAUGGUGAUAAUAAUGAUAAUCAAUUACCAAUUAAUAAUAAUGAUGAUGAUAGUGAAAAUAAUUUGGCGGAGAACAACAGUUUUAAUGCUGAGACUACGACAACCACUCUUGAGGAAUAUGAUCAAAGUGAGCACUGGCUCACUCCUACAGGGAGUAUAGAAGCGUUGAGCAUAAAUCACACAGAUUCAGUGGAAUCAUGUCAACAAGGCCAUGUUGACUAUCCGACGAGUUCAUUAGUCAAAGAGACGAACUCUUCGUCACAACAACAACAACUACAACAUGAAAAAGAGGAAGAACAACCACAACCAUCAACAUCUUAUGGUAAACUUGGUGAAUUAAUGUGUAUUUUUCCUAAUCUGAAAUCAGACAUACUAGCAGAAUUUUUAUCUCUUGCACACGAUGAUGUUUCAUGGGCAACAACAUUAAUCCUGGAUAAUCGUACCUCCGAAAGAAUCAAUCAACGUGAAGCAGGUGAAACAAAUCAAUGUAUAGUAGUAGAAAGUAAAAUAUCCUCUGAUGAACACUUGUCAUUCACGUGUCCAUCAACAUCUUCGCUACAUUCGACCACCACAGUCUGUUCUGCAUCCAGUACCAAUAACACGGCUACUGCUACUACUACUACUAUUACUACCACUACUAAUGAAGAAGCACAUUCCAUUCGACAAGAAGAUAAUCCUAUUGAUCUUUCGUUAGUUAGUAGCAGUAGUGAACCACUUUGUUGUCAAGAUGACAAUCAUUCGUCAACUUUUAAUCCUUAUGGUGGGAUUAAACUGUCAAGAGACUUUUUAAAAACUGCUCAUGAAGAAUAUGCCUUUAGUCUUGGAUUAUCUCAUGUUGAUCUGUCUCCUGAAGCUGUUCCCGACUUCCUUAUCAAUGAAUGGAUACCUGAGCCUAAUUUGACUAAGGAGAUUUAUAUGAGUAUUAUGCGACAUUUAGGCGUCCUAGUGAAUAAUAAUUCAACAGGCAAUAAUACACUGACGCCAACAUUUUUAUCAACAUCAAAUACACGAAAUAUAAAUGAAAUCAAGGCUAAGAAAACGGCUAAUAAGUCGAAAAUUCCUUCUUCAAGUUUCUUACAAAUUAUGCAUGAUGAAGAGGGUUUACUUCGAUCGGUUGAAGAUUUCCGUACGUCUUUAAAUACUCCAGUUAUACGUAUCAUAAUGGAUCGUCUAAUGUCAAAAUUUCCUGGGACACAAAAAAGUGUUAUUGAAGAAGCAUUCGUUCGAUGCGAAUUUGAUGAAACCAGAACUGAAAUCUACCUUUUAAGUUAUUAUAAAUCAUCUAGUGAAUUGACAGAGAAGACUAAUACUCCUUCUACUGCUGUUGCCGCAACCGCCACUACUAAUGUUGCCGACCUAUCGUCGACAAAUACAGUCAAUGGUUUAGCCAAUGAUUUCAGAGAUGUCAGUCUAAAUCCUACUACUAUUAAUACCACUUAUAAUAAUAAUAAUAAUCUAAAUGGAUUAUUGAUUGGCCAACACAAUAUUGAAGAAAAUUUAAGCCUACAAGAGAUACAAGAUGAAGAAGAGGCAUUGAACAGAUCGAUUGAAGAUCAAAAAGUCCGUCUUCAAACUCUGGCAAAUCAACUUUGUCUUAGUCGUCUGAAAGCACAAUUUCCUGGAAUUGAAAUCAAUUAUUUGGAGAAUCUUUUCAUACGUUUCGACUUAAAUGAACAAAAUCUUAUGGAUUAUUUUAUAAAACAAGGUUUUAUACCUCAACCAUUAAAUCCUUUUCUUGUGGAAACUGCUAACAAAUUCAAUGAAAAUGCUGAUACAGACAUGACAUAUUGUAGUCAAGAAUAUUCCUCUCAUGGUAAUGCAUUAUCGCCUAGUCAUCAAGUCAACAGCAUUAACUGUAGUACUAAUAAUAGUGAAUGGUUAAAUAUGCUCAAUAAAAGAAUUGAAAGUAUUCGACAAAAGAUUAUCCAUGCAAAAUGUGAUCUGUCUUAUGCUAAAGACAGUCGAGUUAAACAAUUCCGUGUAACAGAGCUUAGAUCACUGCAAAAUGAACUGUACUACUUCAAUCUACAAAAAGCUGAAUACUUAGUCGAUACUCGAUCAAUACUCUAUGAAACAGAAUUGCUUACAAAUGGAGAAAGGCCAAUCAGUGCAGCAUGUUUAGCCUUCGCUUAUCUUGAUCUGCACGGAUUAAAUAAAUCCUGUGCUCUAAGUGUGCUACAACAACGUUUAAGUUAUUUAAAAGAUAAAUUAAAUAGCACAAAGAAUACACAAAAUUCUACAAUAAAUGUACCAAAAUAUUUUACAGUGAUUACAGGACGUGCUGCUGGUUGUGAAAGUGAUCUUGUGUCAAUAGCACCAGUUCUUCGACCUGCUGUUAUACAAUAUCUUACAAAAAAUGGAUAUAAAUUUGAAGAGAACUUCAGAAUUGGUUCAGGUCAUUUUACAGUGAAUUUAAACAAUAAUCAUUCAAGGUUGAUUAGUUAG